AUGUCGAGGCCAUCGUUUGACGAACUUCCUCUUCGUGAGAAUGAUCCACCUUUUUCAGCCUGGGGCCUUUAUGGCCCCAACGAUGAGCUAGGAACAUUAAACACUCUUACUCCAGAAGUGGUGCGAGAGGCGGCCAAGGAGAUUCAGAUUGGGGUUCGAGUAGCUUUAGAUCAUUCGAUGACUCGCCUUGUCAAACCGUCGCACAAUAGGGCGGGGCUUCAACAUGUGAUCAUCCCUGGGAAGAAAAACCCGACAUUCGAUGAUACCAUUCACUUGAAUACCCAGGUAUCCACUCAAUGGGAUGGAUUUCGACAUGUUGGAUACCGGAAGUCAGGCUUGUUCUAUAAUGGGACUACGAAGAGUGAUAUAUACGGCCCCAAUGCCAGUACAAGAUUAGGAACCCAGGCCUGGGUAUCAAGUGGGGGCAUCGUAGGGCGUGGUGUCCUUCUGGACUAUGUUCGCUGGAGUCAACGUCAGAACAAGAGCUACGAUCUAAUGCAAAACCACACCAUAACAGUCGACGACUUACAGGCUUGUGCCGACGCCCAGAAUAUCACUAUCCGAGUUGGUGAUAUACUCUUCGUGAGAUCCGGAUUUACUGCCGGAUAUGCUGCUCUCAGUGAAGAGGAACAGAUUGCCUGGGCCUCAAAACCCACAGCCUGGGUAGGGGUAGAAACAUCAAUCAAAACAGCUAAAUGGCUUUGGGACUCCGGGAUUAGUGCUUGUGCUGGAGAUGCACCGGGCUGGGAGAGCUUUCCUAUCUGGUGCGGAAGAAGUGACCUCGGGGGUGAGGAAGAUCUUUCCUUGCAUGAGAUUAUGUUAAGUGGAUGGGGGAUGCCAAUUGGAGAAAUGUUUGAUCUCGAAAAACUCAGCCAAGAAUGUCUGAACCAAAAUCGGUAUUCGUUCUUUGUCUCCAGCAUGCCGGUACAUGUUCCUGGUGGGGUCGGCAGUCCCCCCAAUGCCGUUGCUAUAUUUUAG